AUGGAGGAUUCCCAUUUUAACCCUCAGUACUUCUGGUCCCCUUUGCCUGUACAAGGACAGGUACGUUUAGUGAAAAAUGUCAGUUUAAAAUGUUAAAGUAUAUUGCAAGUGACACCUUUGGACUAUAGCACUGUUAGAAACAUUACUCUUUUUGGAGUUUGGAAUUUUGUAAGAACGAUUUCUCUCUCUCGCUGUCAGAUUGAGAACGCCAUGUUCCUGAAGCAGCUGAAGGACCAGGAGAAGAACACUUCGUUCCCCUCCUCCUCUCAUUAUCAGACUGCCAUGCUCACUGUCCCCAAGCAGGAGGGAGGGGGGCAGGGCCAAGGGGGUCACCUACACCCCCCUCACACCCAGAACAUCACUGUGGUGCCUGUACCUUCCACUGGCAUCAUGACAGCAGGUGUGUGUGUGUCAACUGUUAGUGUAGUAUUUAUCACACUUUGGCAUGGUCUUUUUCCCAUCAAUGUCUGUUUUGUAUCAUAUUUUUAUUUUCCUCUCUCUGCAGCGGGUCUGGUCAUCACUACCCCUCAAGGCACGCAGCUGGUCUCUCCUGCCUCCUCCUCUCAGUCCUUCGUGUCUGGACAUCCCACCACCACAAUGAUCGUCUCUACACUGCACGCUCCAGGUAACACACACACACACGAUUGUCGCCACCCUCCAUUAUCCUAACUCUGAAAAAUGCACACUUCAGUCACAUACUAUCAGACUCUCACACAGAUUUUUCCUUUCUAUCACUUCCUUAGACAAGAAACAGGAAGGUGGAACCCCCCAGGUGGUCGUCAUGCCGACCCCCUCGAAGCGAGGCAGGAAGAAGAAGUCGACACUAGGGAGGGCGGGGCCUGCCGGUGGCCACACCCUCUCCGCUGGAAAUGAGGCGUUGAUUCUGGCUCACUUGGCGUCGGGAGGGCAGGUGAGACAGUUACCAUAGUAACUCCAUAGUAACCAAAAUAAAACCUAUUCCCACUAAAACACUUCCAGACAUUUCCAGACUAAGUUCAGGUUAUUGAUUUUUUUCAGACUAAGCAACACAAAAAACUUAUGUUGACAUUUUUACAACAGAGUGCCUUUUUAAUAUGAUGAAUGUGAUUCUAAUGUUUGUGUGACAUUUGAUAGGUGGUUAUGUCUUCGCAGCAUUAUACAACUGACCCGUAUGACCUCGCCGACGAGGACCACAGUGGGAAAGACGGCAACAAGACCUACAGGUACGGACCUACGGCGUCACAGAAGGGCCAAAAAGCACCUGCCGUGCUGUGCAUCCCCAUAGGAAUGUGAAGCUGUGGAAUGCUUGCACACCUGUAUGUUGUAGAUGAUAGAGUCAGGAAAGGUUAGACACAGGCUGUGGAUGAACACUAGGUGCUGCUGGCACGGGCAUUUCUCUCUUUCUCUGACACACACACAAACCACAGAACGACUCCACUGCAUGCUGUGGCAGCACACACGCCUGCUUAAGUAUUUCACUAUGUGUACGUACCUGCGCUGUGGACACACACAUUCUCUGCCUCCCUCAUGCGUCCGCCCCACACACACGCGCAUCCCUGCACACAUUGGACACGCACUCCUUCACCUACUUCUGUCCUGUUUGUUGUUGUUCUCUCUUUUUUCUAUCUCUCCUUCAUACAGUAUUUCUACCUUUUCAAGCUAUCUCUGUCUUUCUAUGUCUUGCUUCAGCAGAAUCUGCUCUUUUUCCUGCUGUUUUCACUGAUUUCACCCUCUUUCUCUCUUCCCCCCUCCCUCUUUCUCUUGUCUUCUUUUUUCACAUCCCUCGUUCAUUUCAUCUGCUCCCUUGUGUUUUGCUUUCUAUCCUCUUCUCUUUUUCCUCUUGCUCUCUCCCUUUGUUUUCCCCACUUGCUGUCUCAUGCUUCACCCCUCUUUUUUGCCUCCUUCCACUAUCUUCCUCCCCUUCCCUUGCCCUCUCCCUUGCCCAUCUCUCAUGUCCCUGUCUCUUUGUCCUUGCUUUUUGUAUUUUCAUCUCUCCGUUUCUCCCCCUCCCUCCCUCCCUGGUCUGUGUGUCUGUCUCUGUCCCGUAGGUGCCGGAUGUGUGCGGUGACCUUCUUCAGUAAGUCAGACAUGCAGAUCCACUCCAAGUCUCACACAGAGGCCAAGCCCCACAAGUGUCCCCACUGCUCCAAGUCAUUCGCCAACUCCAGCUACCUGGCCCAGCACAUCCGCAUCCACAGCGGGGCCAAGCCCUACACCUGCUCCUACUGCCAGAAGUCCUUUAGACAGCUCAGUCACUUACAGCAGCACACACGGUACUGCUCACAGCAGCUCCACCUGACCUGACCUGCAGGCUCUACCUAGCCUGCCCCUUUCCCCUCCCCUCUAUUGGCUGCUUACACUGUGUGUGUGUGUGUGGGGGGAUGUCUGUGAAAAGGCAAGACGCAGGUCGUGUGUGUUUGUGUGUGGUCUCUGCUUCCAGUCCCUCUUCGUCUCUUCAGUCUGUCUGCUUGGUGUCCUUACUUCUUCACUGCUGCUUCUCUCUUGCGCGCGCACACACACACUCACACACUAUUACAUACAUAAUCAGUUUGAAAAUAAUUUAGGUCAGAGUGGAAGACUGUUAAGUUUCAGAGAAACUUUGUGAUUUUUAGAAGUCAGGCACUCAGUAAUAGAGGGGGUUUAAGUGUGAUUUUUACUAUCAAUCCAAGUUUAAAGAAAAGCAACACUGUUCUCCCCUCCUCCCUCUCUCCAUCCUCUCUUCUUGCUUCCAGAAACCAUACUGAGUCCAAGCCCCACAAGUGUCCCCACUGCACUAAAUCCUUUGCCAACUCCAGCUAUCUGGCCCAGCAUAUCCGCAUCCACACAGGGGUGAAACCCUACACCUGCUCUUUCUGUCAGAAGUCCUUCAGACAGCUCAGUCAUCUACAGCAGCACAACCGGUGAGGUUGAUGUCCUACAUAUCUGCCCUUUUCUCUGUGGGGGCAUCUCAAUAGUCUUUUCUCUGUGGGGGGGCAUCUCAAUAGUCUUUUCUGUGGGGGGGUCAUGUCAAUAGUCUUUUCUGUGGGGGGUCAUGUCAAUAGUCUUUUCUGUGGGGGUCAUGUCAAUAGUCUUUUCUGUGGGAGCCUCAACAGUCUUUUGUCUGGGGGGGGGGGCAUCUCAACAGUCUUUUGUCUGUGGGGGGGGCAUCUCAAUAGUAUUUUGUCUGUGCGGGCAUCUCAAUAGUCUACAGUGGCUUCCUCUCUUCAUCUCCCUCAUCUGCAAUGGUGUGGAUAACAGGAUAGCUGAAAGGAGAAUAUGGAGGGACCACUUACAUUUCUCCCCCCUCUUUUCUCUCUUCUUCUUACCGGUUGUGUUUUCCAUGUUUCUGCAGGAUCCACACAGGAGACAGGCCUUAUAAGUGUGUUCAUCCGGGCUGUGAGAAAUCCUUCACACAACUCUCCAACCUACAGGUGACUACUAUCCCUUUUCUUUGUUUUUUUUGUUUUUAUUCCCAGUGGUGAAAGCUUAGUAACACUGACCCUUAGUAGUUGCAUUAGUAUAAAUACCCAUUUGAAGAUGUGUCCUGAACGGUCCUGUUCUGUUCCAGUCCCACAGACGGCAGCACAACAAGGAUAAACCCUUCAAGUGCACCAACUGUAACCGUGGUUACACGGACGCGGCCAGUCUGGAAGUCCACCUGUCCACUCACACGGUCAAACACGCCAAGCUCUACUCCUGUGGACUCUGCAACCGCACAUACACCUCUGUAAGAGAAAACACCACUGUUACGGCAUCCGGCAUGUAGUAGUCGCAGAACUUUAACUUUCGACUCUGACAUUUUCACAGGCUUCAGACAGUGUGCAUGUAUAGUGCAUGUCUGUGCAUAGUGUGUUUGUGCACACUUGUCAACUCUCACUCUAACGCUCUGUAUUCUAUUCUCAGGAGACGUACCUGGUGAAACACAUGCAGAAGCACAACUCAGACCCGCACACUGUGGCAGCUGCACAGCAGUCUCAGCAGAACCAAAGCCAUACCCAGAACCAGAGAGGUUCUCAUGGCCAAGGCCGAGGAGAGGGCACCGAUAGUGGGGCAGACCGAGCUGGAGGACAAGGUGGAGGUCAUGGACAAGAACAGAACCAGGGGCAAAACCAGGGCAGCUACUCUCAGGCAGAGACGGCAUCCUGCCCCUUUGACCUGCACCAGUAUAAGACAGUUGCUGCAGGGGACAUCCAGUUCAAAACAGUCAGUGUGGCGGACCUAGCGACCCACAAGGACCUCUGUCUCACCGUGGCUACCUCCACCAUUCAGGUGGAGCACCUAAACUCAUAG